UGUUAUUAUUAUUAUUAUCUGUUAUUUGUGUUGAUUGCUGUCUGAACCAAAUUUCACUUGCUUUGAGCUGCACAAGAGUCUCCAAUCCCAACUCCACUCUCUCUCUCUACAACUUGCCAAAUAAGAGAAGAAGAAAAGUCGAAGCAACGGCGAAACCAAACAUGUCUUCCCCAAGCAAGCGUCGAGAGAUGGACUUGAUGAAACUGAUGAUGAGUGAUUACAAGGUGGAGACGAUUAAUGAUGGAAUGCAAGAAUUUUAUGUUCUUUUUCAUGGACCCAAAGAAAGUCCUUAUUAUGGUGGUGUUUGGAAAGUAAGAGUUGAGUUGCCGGAUGCUUAUCCUUAUAAAUCUCCUUCCAUUGGUUUUGUCAAUAAGAUCUAUCACCCAAAUGUUGAUGAGAUGUCAGGAUCAGUUUGUCUGGAUGUUAUCAAUCAAACCUGGAGUCCCAUGUUUGAUCUUGUCAAUGUGUUUGAGGUGUUUCUACCUCAACUUCUGCUGUAUCCUAAUCCAUCAGACCCCUUGAAUGGAGAAGCUGCGGCUUUAAUGAUGCGUGACCGAGCUACUUAUGACCAAAGGGUUAAAGAGUACUGUGAGAAGUAUGCCAAAAAGGAAGACAUAGGUGAAGUCCCAGAAGAAAAAUCCAGUGAUGAGGAGAUGAGUGAGGAUGAAUAUGAUUCUAGUGAUGAACAGGUUGUUGGUAAAGCAGAUCCCUAGUUUUGCAUGCAUGUCCUGUUAUUAACUUUGUAUUUUAUCUGUACAUGACGUACUAGUUCUGUUAAUUCACCUCCCCAUACGUGAACUUAUCAUGGAUAAGGGGAAAAUUCCCCUUCCUUUUAGUUUCCUGUGACUGUAAAUAAAGUACUAUUGAUUUUCUGAUGCAAUCGUACUGUUUAGGGUUUAUAUUUAAUUAAGAAUGCUGGCACACACUAGAUGACA